GAGCUGCCGCCAGACAUGACCGUGGUGCCCGGGGACCACCUGCUGGAGCCCGAGGCGGCGGGUGGCGGUGGGGACCCGCCUCAGGGUGGCUGUGGCGGCGGCGGCGGCGGCGGUGGCGGCGGCUGCGACCGCUAUGAGCCGCUGCCGCCCGCGCUGCCCGCCGCGGGCGAGCAGGACUGCUGCGGGGAGCGCGUGGUCAUCAACAUCUCGGGGCUGCGCUUCGAGACGCAGCUCAAGACCCUCUGCCAGUUCCCCGAGACGCUGCUGGGCGACCCCAAGCGGCGCAUGCGGUACUUCGACCCGCUUCGCAAUGAGUACUUCUUCGACCGCAACCGACCCAGCUUCGACGCCAUCCUCUACUACUACCAGUCCGGGGGCCGCAUCCGCCGGCCGGUCAACGUGCCCAUCGACAUCUUCUCCGAGGAGAUCCGCUUCUACCAGCUGGGCGAAGAGGCCAUGGAGAAGUUCCGUGAGGAUGAGGGCUUCCUGCGGGAGGAGGAGCGGCCCCUGCCCCGCCGAGACUUCCAGCGCCAGGUGUGGCUGCUCUUCGAGUACCCCGAGAGCUCGGGGCCGGCCCGGGGCAUUGCCAUCGUGUCGGUGCUGGUCAUCCUCAUCUCCAUUGUCAUCUUCUGCCUGGAGACCCUGCCCGAGUUCCGCGAUGAGAAAGACUACCCCGCCUCCCCGCCCCAGGACGUGUUCGAGGCCACCAACAACAGCACGUCGGGGGUAGCCUCUGGGGCCUCCAGCUUUUCAGACCCCUUCUUUGUGGUGGAAACCCUGUGCAUCAUCUGGUUCUCCUUUGAGCUGCUGGUGCGGUUCUUCGCUUGCCCCAGUAAAGCUACCUUCUCCAGAAAUAUCAUGAACCUGAUAGACAUUGUGGCCAUCAUCCCUUAUUUCAUCACUCUGGGCACUGAGCUGGCUGAGCGACAGGGUAAUGGGCAGCAAGCCAUGUCUCUGGCCAUCCUGAGGGUCAUCCGCCUAGUAAGGGUCUUCCGCAUCUUCAAGCUCUCCCGCCACUCUAAGGGGCUGCAGAUCCUGGGGCAGACACUGAAGGCUUCCAUGCGAGAGCUGGGGCUGCUCAUCUUCUUCCUCUUCAUAGGGGUCAUCCUCUUCUCCAGUGCCGUCUACUUUGCUGAGGCAGACGACCCUUCUUCGGGUUUUAACAGUAUCCCGGAUGCCUUCUGGUGGGCAGUGGUAACCAUGACAACUGUCGGUUACGGUGAUAUGCACCCAGUGACCAUAGGAGGCAAGAUUGUGGGCUCUCUUUGUGCCAUCGCAGGUGUCUUGACCAUUGCACUGCCAGUCCCUGUAAUUGUUUCCAACUUCAAUUACUUCUACCACCGGGAGACAGAAGGGGAAGAGCAAGCCCAGUACAUGCACGUGGGAAGUUGCCAGCACCUCUCCUCUUCAGCUGAGGAGCUCCGAAAAGCCCGGAGUAACUCCACCCUGAGUAAGUCGGAGUAUAUGGUGAUCGAAGAGGGAGGUAUGAACCACAGCGCUUUCCCCCAGACACCUUUCAAAACGGGAAACUCCACUGCCACGUGCACCACGAACAAUAAUCCCAACUCCUGUGUCAACAUUAAAAAGAUAUUCACUGAUGUCUAAUAUAUGAUACCGUUGACAUACUGUGCCCAGUACUGUGUGGAACGUGCUCCCUUGGUCUGUGUAUACCCUUGAUUUAUACAUUUCCAGACCAUUCAUCAAGGAAAGGACGUGGAGAAGUGGAAAAGCACACUUCAUUCUCCCUCUCCCUAUUGCUUCAUACUGAAACAGGUGUCUGUUCUGCAAGUGGGCUGCAUUCUCUCAGCUCUUUUUUUUCCCUCUCUCUCUCUCUCCCUGUCUUUUAAUUUUGUGACCAACAAACUUACAUUAAAGCUUGACUUCUAGUGCACGCCCUAUGAAAAGCUACAUCCUGGAAGGAAAUGAAACUAAAGAUUCAGAGUAACUGUUUAACCUCAAAACAAAAGAUAGUUGUUUCUUUACUGAGUAAAGGAGGCAGAACUUAAAUGAUGCUCCUGUUUGGUGGACCUUUCAUUGCUGUUUGUGGACUAUUUAAUUACUUGGCCUCUGGAUAUGUGGACAGAAAGUCUAACUAGAGCCAUGACUUAUAAACUCACCAUAAAUUUAUUUUGUUUUUGACUGGUCUUUCAGUUUGAAUCUCUCCUCUAAGAAUUGGAGGUUCGCAAUAACUUUGAACCAAAAGGGAAAUGGCCCAAAUGUCCUGAUAUGAGUAUUAACUCUUUGGAGUUUGCAAAGCAUUUUGAAAGUAUGAGACACGGAUUCUAGUGAAGUUGUGAGUACGUGCCCCAGCCGACAUCUGCAACAGUCUAGAAACUCGUUUACAGUGCUGCCAAGAGAAACCACAAAAAUUCCUAAUGUAUGUGAGAGAUAAGCUGCUUCGGUGUCACAAGAAGAUUAAAGUGGCAGACACCCCUUCCAGCGGAAGUUACUAAUUCGGACCUGACUGAUGCAGUUCCCAUAGCAACCUAUGUUUCCUGGGAAACCCGAAAAAGGUUGUCAUGGCAUCUUUUGCUCUUUAGCCCCACCCCCCUCAGGCCUUGCCGUUUCCACAGUAACCUUUCCAGAUGGUUCCUACUUAUAUGAUUUCAUAAGAAAAAAACACUAUUUGAAUAAACCACACAAAUCAAGUGUAAGAUGAUAAAGAGGUGAAAUGAAUCUCAAAAUGUUUUUUUUAUAUUUUAUAUAAGUCAUUGAUGUUAUCCUAUAAUGACUGAAUCAAAGGGAAAAUAUCAUAUUUGGAAUGUUACGUGUAAGCCACUACAAGGCAAGAUCUGAAUUAAAUGUCAGUUAUUUGAUGACAAUUUUUAAAGAUGCUUCUUACAGAGAAAUGGCAAACCAACAGAUGAAAUGAAAACAGCAAUAUAAACAUGUUCUGUACAUAAGCAAGUGAAAGUCAGUGUACCCGAAGUCUUACUGCAAGAUACCUUCAGAUUUCCUCGUUAAAAAAGAAACACAUCCAGACCCCACAACAGGACUGUCACCACCACAGCACUUGAAAAGCAAAAUUAACCUCAAAUAUAUGAGGGAUGCAGAUUUCAUUGAGCGGAUUAUAGUCAAUGAAAAGGAGGAUCAGGAAAUAGCCAGACCUUGAGAGAACACCUGCAAAUUUCAGCCACAUGCUGAGGGGUGCCAGCAAACAGACAGAAUCAGGUCCCUCAAGAGCCCCACAUAAGGAACUACAGAGUGACCUUUACCAGAAGGAUGCUCAGCUUUAAACUGCUUGGAUGAGAGUGCAGUGACAGUUACAUAUUUUCAUUUCAGUUAAUAUUCAGAGAUACAUCUCUAACAAAUGCUUCAUGUGAAGAAAGAACUCAAAGCUGGGGGGUACUCUUCAUAUUAUGAAUGGUACGAAUGCUAUCGAGCAGGAGAGAAAGAGGAACAUUAAAAAAUUUUUAAAUUAAAAAAAUAAAAUGUUAAGGUAUCAUUUCAAACUGUUGACA